AUGUCUCCUCCCACAAAAUAUGCUGUCGCCCUAUUUCCUGGAUUUCAGGCACUAGACGUGUUUGGCCCCCUCGAUGUCUUGAACUUCACGUCCAAACGGCAGCAUAUGGAAGUUUCCCUUCUGCACACUUCACUUGAUCCUGUGUCCACGUUUGUGGAGGGCGGACCUGCUUGCAUCGGACAAAGCGUUGUGCCCACUCACACAUACGAUACGGCACCAGAUGAUAUAGAGGUUCUGCUCGUUCCGGGCGGCUUUGGUGCCAGGGAUCCAGAGAACGUAAAGAGAGUUCGCCAGUUCGUCAAGGAGAGAUAUCCCAAGCUCAAGUAUCUCUUGACAGUCUGCACCGGAAGUGCGAUUGUGGCCCAGACAGGGAUUCUGGAUGGCAGAGAAGCCACCAGUAACAAGAGAUCCUUUGAUUGGGUACUGACUCAGGGGGCCAAUGUCAAGUGGGCACGAAAUGCCAGAUGGGUGGUCGACGGCAAUAUCUGGACAUCUUCUGGCAUCUCGGCUGGCAUCGACAUGACGUAUGCGUUCAUUGCCGAGCAAUAUGGACAGGAUAUUGCAGACGAUACGGCUAAGGGAUCUGAAUAUGUACGCAACACUGAUCCCAGCGCUGAUCCGUUUGCGGUCUGA